GCGCAUGCGUAUUCAAGUUUGAAGUCUUCAAGUCUAAAAUCGCGAAUGUUCCCCAAUGCAUGCUGAAUAUGAAAAUAGCGUUUAGUCUAUGUUUUCUAAAGCUUCGUGCUGCUCUUCCUGUGCCGAUAUCGUUUAUCGCCUUAGAGAAGCCAAAUAUGAGGGUGUUGGCGGCUACGUUUUUGCUAACCGCUAUCGCGGGAAUUAACGGGACCUUAUAUCUUCCUGAAGACGCGACUGAGUGUGACGAAAACGUCGAAAAAAAGGUCUACGACUUCUCGAUGAAAGACAUCUUGGAGAACGGGACCGUGUCGCUGAGUAAUCAUCAAAAGAACGUAAUGCUUAUAGUCAAUGUGGCAACUUACUGAGGCAAGACUUACCAGUACCACGGCUUGAAUGCGCUUGUUAACAAAUAUGGCGGAAAAGGAUUCACAAUUGUCGGUGUCCCAUGCAAUCAGUUCGGUAUGCAAGAACCAGGUAAGACCCAUGAGAUCCUCAGUGGUAUAGAGUUUGUGCGGCCAGGAAAAGGUUACAAACCCAACUUUCAGCUGACCCAGAAGACUGACGUUAACGAUGAUACUGCCUGCCCACUAUACAAGUAUUUAAAGAAAGCCUGCCCAAUAUCACCUCAGGCGGAAUUCAGUGAAAAAGGUCGUCUGUCCUACCGGAAUUUCCAUGCUUCUGAUAUCCGUUGGAAUUUUGAGAAGUUCCUUAUUGGUAAAAAUGGAAAACCUAUCCGAAGAUACCAUUCACGUGUAGAUCCACAUCAACUACAGGCGGAUAUCGAGACGGCUCUUAGGCAAGACUAGCAACAGGACUAAUCCUUCCUUCAACAAAAAAUCAUUCGGCCACGUACAUAUAUCAAAGAAACCAUUGUGACUGUACGAUCAACUUAACAAUGAGCAAAAUGGCUGGCUGGCUGGCUGGCAAAAACCUGCGCCCUUGACGACUGAUUUUCUCGUUACCGUGUUUUGAUUAUAUCUUUUUGUUGCAAGUACGACUUUUCAAGUUCAUGUAUCGUGUACAAGCUAAGCGAAUGAAAGGCUUCCCACAAAUUGCUCUGCAAGGGGGUGGUCUGGAUGACUGAACUUCGGGACACUUUGGGAUCUCUUGCGCGUUCCGACCCAAAGGCGUUUCGAAAUAAUUCAGUUGAAGCCUACAUGAUACAUGCGUGAAUACUCUUAUAAGAAGAUACAUUAUUAUUCUGUCUUCAAUAAGCAAAAUUCAGCGUCUCUUUAUUAUUUUAUUAAUCAUUCUCUAUUUUGUGUUUCUUUUACUAACUAGUAUAGUGUAUAAUACAGCUGCUCGCUGUAUAAAUAAAAAUAAUUUUUAAUUAAAUUGUAAGAAUAGUAGUAUAAUGCAGGCUGAACCCGA